UAUAUACCCAUCGUUGUGUCUUUAUUUGCCUCCCUCAACCUCAACGUCUCCAUCUCCGAACUAGGGUUUUCAAUUUCGGCGUCCCUAGUCCCAACUUCACAGCAACAUGCCUAAGCAAAUCCAUGAGAUUAAAGAUUUCCUUCUCACUGCAAGAAGGAAAGAUGCACGUUCUGUGAAAAUCAAGAAGGGCAAGGAUGUUGUCAAGUUCAAGGUCCGUUGCUCCAAGUACCUGUACACACUUUGCGUGUUUGACGCGGAGAAGGCUGAAAAGUUGAAGCAAUCUCUCCCUCCCGGUUUAAGCGUGCAAGACCUGUGAAAAUGGGACCUGGACCAAGCAUGUCAAAUGGUUACUAGAGAGAAUGAGAUUUUGCCUUGGACUUUUGUUUGUUUUGUCUGUUUGUUCAAUUUAUGGAUGGUUUAGCUGUAUUCUUUAUCUUUUCCUUUUCGGUUUGAAAUUAGCUUGAGGCUAAGCGAUUUCUUCAAUUUUUUGCAAAUAGAAUGAUGCUCCUGGGUUAGACUAGUCUGUUAAGAGGCUAGACUAGCAGAAGCAGAGUGGAAUAUUAUAGUGGCCAGGUUGUUAAGCAUGUUGCAUUUGUUCUCUUGCA